AUGCUCCCGAGAUUGGCAGCGAGGCAGCAGUGCGCGCUGUGCGUUGCUGCCGCUCCUUCGCCCGCUCUCCGGACCCUGCCAAUCAUCGCGACAUCAUUCGCACGGACACGGCAGCAGGACUCGCUUGCGACGGUGUGGAAGGGCAAAGGAAGGGCGUACGGGACUAUCGCGACUGCGAACGGUGCGGCGGGACGAGCGGGAGCGGGACUGGCGGGACCAACUCGACGGACCCGAGGAUCGCUUGCAGUGGGACUGGCGGGGGGACGAACAGGCUUGUGGGAGGCACGGCGAUGGGCAUCGUCGCAGGUGAAGCAGACAAGCGUGGCGAGCGGCGGCAGUCCCGUCUACGCCCACGAGGACUUGCUCCUCCCGUCGUCGACAGGUCGGCGGAUACCCAGUCGACCAGCCUCGCCUGCGCGGCAAAGAGACUCAAAAGCCUUCUUCUCACCGUCGUACCUCGUCGCCGAAGAACCGCCGCUUCCUCCACCCUCGACUUCGCCUCUCGUCCCUCUCUCGACACCCAUUCCUGCCGCUCUCCCGCCUACAGUCCUCUCGAACGGCCUGCCCAAUCCCGACAUCCGAUGGCGCGCACCACCGCAGACGACCAUUCGCGACGACGUCCAGCUGUACAAGGCGCUCGGCAAGUUCAAGUUGUCGAGCCUCGUCGUCUUGACAACCAUGGCGGGCUACGCGAUGUGUCCAGUCGACCCGUCGACGACUGCCGCAGCGAUGGAUGCGUUCGCACAAUCUCUCGGCUCCUCACUCCCAAGCGACACUUCUCUUCUUCCGUCCGCAACCAACACCCUCGGCGCAUCUCCCGCCAACAACCUCACUCUCUCCGUCCUUCUCCCCACGACUGUCGGCACUACUCUCUGCGCCUUCUCUGCGGCCGCCUUCAACCAGCUUAUUGAGGCGCCAUAUGAUGCGCAAAUGGCGCGCACCCGAAAUCGCCCUCUCCCGAAGCGAACAGUCACGCCUCUUCACGCCGCGACCUACGGCGCCUUGACCGGCUCGGUCGGUCUUGCGACCCUGUACGCCAUGAACCCUCUCUCCGCCUUUCUCGGCCUCUUCACCAUCGUCCUCUACUGCCCUCUCUACACCAUCUCGAAGCGCCACUCGGUCUACAAUACCUGGAUCGGCAGCGUCGUCGGCGCCAUCCCUCCCUUGAUCGGCUGGGCAGCGUGCACGGCUUCGGUCGACCCCAUCUCGCAGCCGGGCGCAUGGGCUCUCUUCGGCCUCAUGUUUGCCUGGCAGUUCCCGCACUUCAUGUCGCUCGCCCACACCCUCCGUUCGUCGUACGCCUCGUCAGGGUACCGGAUGCUCGCCGUCCUCGACCCGCCCAAGAACGCCCUCGUCUCGCUCCGGUACUCGCUCGCGCUCGUCCCGCUCUGCGCGGUGUUCCCCUACCUCGGCUUAACCAACGCCGCGUUCGCCUACCUCAGCCUGUUGCCGAAUGGGUUGCUCGCCGUCGCUGCGUGGCGGUUCUGGAAGAAGAGGGAGGAGCGAAGGGCCAAGGAGCUGUUCUGGGCGAGUCUGGUCCAGCUCCCGGUCAUCCUUGCGCUCGCGAUGGCGUGCAAGAAGGGCUUGUGGGGCGAGGACGAGAACGACGAGGAGGUAUUGGCGGAAGCAGCGGGGACAGAGAUGGAAAAGCGGGAGGAGCGGUGA